UCACAAUCGUUACCCUCCCUGAAUAAAUACUGGUGCGGCUACAAGCAAUCCCUCAUCAAACGAGCCAUGGGAACAAGCCCACAGCCCGUUACCGGCCUACACCUAGGACCUGCAGCCCCGAAGCUGCGGUCCUCUUGCGAUGGCUGCGGAGUAGCGAAGGUCAAAUGCGAUCGUGGUCACCCCGAAUGCGGUCGCUGCACAACGCUCCACUUAGCCUGUGUUUAUGGCCGAUCACGCCAGUCUGGAAAACCCUCGCGGAAGAGGCCUGGCGUCAGCCUUGAUGGUGCCACUGAGAAACGUAGAUGCACGUUAUGGCCCGCCGACAGUAGCGAGAAUCACAGAGCAACGGAACUCGGAGAACCGCAAGAUGUUAGUGUGUCAACACAUGCUGAUUUCUCAAACCUACUAGUCGACAUUCUACCCUUCUCCAAUUUUACCGAAACCACGUUAAGCACCAACGAGCAGAGCCAAUUUAGCUCGUCCCUUUAUCCCGCCUUGCCACUCGAGGAGUGGCCUCAACUCGACGGGUUAGGAUCUGGCCUGGGUAUUCCGUCACCCUCCGUAUUAGGGACCACCACCAACCUGAGUACGAACGCUAGCAGUGAUGAUUCCCACAAUUGCCCUCGGGAAUCUUACGAAAUCUUCCGGGACUUGAUCUGUCCCAGUCCUUUACACGCGCCGGAAUCAAAUUCUAUUACGAUCCGGGCCCAGUUGGAUCAUGUGCUUUUUUUCAACAGAAAUGCCGUCGAGCGUCUGAACCGGGUCCUGAAGUGUUCUUGCUCCAAAACUGGUCACCGGGCCAUGGUUCAUGCAUCCAUUGUUUCCCGCAUACUGAUCUGGUAUCAGCAAGCGGCUGGCUGGUCUAGCAGUAGUUCUUCGGAGCCUCAACCUUCGGCAUCGGCUAGUUUAUCAGCACCCUGCUGUAUGCCCUCAUCUUCAUCCUCGUCCUCGGAGCCGCCAUCUGGGAUGGCAGCCGACACAAGUAAAGCAAGCUCAGCAUCGCUGGUUCAAGCAACAGGGUUUGCUGUAGAACAGGUUCCUGUCUCAAUGGGAACCUUUGGCAUUGAGGACCAGAAUGUGCAGGCCGCUAUUAGGGCCCAGCUAAUUUUAAGUGAGCUCAAGAAGAUGGCCAAUUUGAUUGACGCAUUCACCUCCCAAGACUCGGUUGAAUCCUCUGCCCACGAUGUGGCCGGCCUGUACUCGCAUAUUGGAGCAUGGCUGCGGACGAUGGUAACGACCCUUUGCUUCCUAGGCCUUAUUGUGCGGGUUCAUAUCUUCAACAGGACAAGCCUAACAACGUGCUCGGCUUGUCAGCGUGGCAGCGGAGUUCAUCCAAUCAGCGUCAACUUCCGGGACCCGAAGGUCGUCCCCCAUUGGCCAAACGGCACGCGUCAGGACAAGGCCCUCUCUCUGUAG